AUGAAGACCCUUUUCUGCCUUCUGGCCCUCGUCGCCGUCUCCGCUUCCCUCGUCCUCCCAGCUCAGCAGAGAAAUGGAGUCAACUGCCUUCUUUGCGAGGCCGGAGUCCGUGCUGCUGAGGAUCCAGCUGAUAGAGAGGCCCAUACUGUUGAGGACGUAAGUUGUCAUAACAAGUAAAGUCGAUAUUAAUGAAUGUGUCGCAGAAGUUCGACGCCGAGUGCAAGAAAGAGUUCGGAUCCAUCCCAUUCUUCGAGAAAGAGUGCGAGAAGUACGGAAACUCCAAGCUCGACCCCAUCAUCAACGAGCUCGAGGGAGGAACUGCCCCAGAGGACGUGUGCACAAAGCUCAAGGAGUGCUAAUUUGUUUUCCUAACCUGUGUCUAAUCUCAAUAAAUUUUUCGUAUUUUUCAAUGUUUCAAAAGUGUUUUAUUUUCUAUCUUUCACGAUUUAGUCUGUUUGGAUUAGUUUACAAAGUAUUCGCAUUUCCACAAUAUUUGAAAUACUGAUCAUUCGAGUUAGACUGUUCAUUUUGUGCUCUCCCAGGGAAGCAACAUGCAGAAAAAAACUAGCCUUAAAAAUGAAAAUGCCAAGGAACACAAACUCAACGCAAAUGAUGUAUACCAUCUCUUAAACAGUUGCGGCUUCGUCGUCACGUUAAAGCUUUGGACAUUUCGACAACUCUGACGACAUUUUCUACGUGCUUCUCUCCGGGUUUCUACUGUUUUUUGUUCUAACCUCUAUGACCAUCUUGGGAGUUGUCACUGGGAUCGGGGGACCACUUCUCUACUUGUCUUCCAAUGUUCCGAGGUGUCAGAAACAUCGGGAAGUCAUAUUAACAAACAAUCUUCCGACACCGAGCUUCCUAACUAUUUUAGACGAUCGCAUUCCUAUCCUUGUGAACCCCAUAAUUACUAACCUAGGCGAUGACGGAGUCACCAUUUCUCUCAACAUUAAGAGAAUUGUCUGCAACUUAGACAAAUGGUCAAAAAUGAAGUGAUGAAUGGAAAAAAUAACAUGAGCGGCAAUCCCAUUGGUUCUGUAGGCGCCAGAGCUCACGCGAAGUUUGGGCGCUACAUUUAUUCCCCACCCUGUAUGUUCAUAGAGAUGGUGGAGUGCCCGAACUCAUAAAAUCAUGGUUUCUGGACACUCCAUUUUUUUCUCUGACACUUUCUUAUUUCUGGACACGCUUCUCACCAGCAAAUCAUAAUUUUCUGAUUCGUAACAAAUAGUCGGCACGAAGGCUCCUUUGGCUACACUGAUAAAAAGUGAUUGUUCAUUGUACCACAAGUAAAUGUAUACAUCAUCGAAGCUGAACAAUCCACACUGACAAUAUUUUGUAUUCAUAGUUCACGACUAUUACUUAUUAUCAGAAGCUACUUUGAAUACAGAAUUAUAGUAGUAAAAAAUGUGUGGUACACUUGCAAGUACUUCAUUCAAACCCGUGUCUGUAGCCAUAUUCUGCUUUGUGCUCAAUUUUUGAGCACUCUGAUUUCAUACUUGAGACUUGUGAUAAGCGAGUGAAUGAGCCGUGAGUAGGAGGAGUGCCUUUGCAGCCGUUACCAGACGGAACUAUUCGUGAGUAUAUAACAAGUCAGGUUACAAAAGAGAAUGACAGCUCUCACAUUUCUUCUUCUAUCAACUUUUUCUUUCAGAAAUGAAGACUCUUCUCUAUCUCGUCGCCGUCGUUGCCUUCGCAACUGCUAUGGUACUUCCACGUCAGCAAGACAGUGCCCUCGACUGUCUCCUGUGCCGUCUCGCUGUGAACGUCACUGAUCCACCGGUUGACAACGAAGUGCACAAAGUUGACGACGUGAGUUUUUCUUUCGAUUUUGGUGAAAUACAUAUAAAUUGUACUUGUAGAAGUUCAUUGCUGAGUGCAAGCAAGAACUCUCUGGAAUUCCGUUCCUCGAGCAGGAGUGCCUCGACUAUGCUCACAACAAUCUUGACCCCAUCAUCAAGGAGCUUGAGUCGGGAACAGCACCAGAGGAUAUCUGCAAGAAACUCAACGAAUGUUAG